AUGUCCUGCACAGAUCUUCAUGAGGGACUGGCGGGCCUCGAUAAUGAGUCGUUGCGAUCCUUCUCAGAAUCACUCCCGGACGAGUACCAUGAAUGGGUCGCAGAGUCCGGGAGAACUUCCCGAAAUGGUCAAAUUCUCGACGAUUUCCCUCAUCCACCCAUCCGGGCAAAGGCUCUCGAUGCCAUCGUGGAGGAGCAAGGCUUUCAAGACCAAACAUAUGCCGAAGAAUCAUACCCAACCCCCCGGUCCUCUAUCAAGAACAUGCGGCGCAAUGUCACCACAAAUGAGCUGCCCUUGCUUCAAGAAAUGAACCCUUAUGACGGAGCCGAAGAAUUCAAUCCUGUCAAUGAAGAAGGCGCUUCCUAUGAUCUGAUCGCUCCAUGGGACGGUGUUGAUGCGCCGCUUCACAAACUGGAGCGCCUCUCGGAUGUGAUGUUUGGGAGGGAGCAUAUGUUAUCCAUUCUCAAUAACCCCCGAUAUCUCGCCCGCUUCCGAGAAUUUUUACUGGAAGAGCGGCCGCGGUCAAUUUCCACUCUGACAUAUUACCUCAAUGCAUCCAAGGCGCUAAAAGCACUGGAAUACGCGAAUGCGCUGGUCCGCCUCUCCACCGAUGUCCCCCCGCCAGCAGUCCAGAUGGUUCAGACAGGCAGUGAGAUCGUCGGAAUCACGCAGAACAAGGUUCUUGAGCAACGAGUCGAAGAUGGUCUGAGAGCAUUAGCAGCUGAAGAACUGCCUGCAUUUAUUACCUCAAGGUGCAUUACUAUCACCAGCAAGAUUGUCGAGGAGCGCGUCCGAGGAACCCUGCCAAUGAAGUUUCGAGAUACUUCAAAUGCCUUGGCGGAAGUAUUCUGUUUGACUGACACAUCACGACCGGACAAUCCCAUCAUCUUCGCCUCGAAAGAAUUCCAUCGAACAACCCAGUAUGGAAUGGACUAUGUCCUUGGGAGAAAUUGUCGAUUCCUCCAAGGCCCCAAGACGAGUCCGAACAGCAUACGUCGAAUCCGAGAAGCACUGAGAGAGGGUCGACAUCAUUCAGAGCUGUUCCUCAACUACCGCCGCGAUGGCUCCCCGUUCAUGAAUCUUCUCCAAUGUGCACCCCUUUGUGAUAGCAAAGGCCAGGUAAAAUAUUUCAUCGGCGCACAAAUCGAUGUAUCCGGUUUCGCACUAGAUGGAGCCCAAAUGGAGUCUCUCAUCGAACUGCAAUCACGGUACCGCGACGCUGACGAAGAGAGUGUCGCAGAAAUGCCAGAAGUACAAACCAAGGACGAGUUUCAACAGAUGUGUGAGCUUCUCAGCCCACGGGAACUAUCUGCAGUCCAGGAUCAUGGCGGCGAUCUCUUCCAACCACUGAAUACUCACACGGCUUCGCGAACCCAGCGUCACUGGCUACAGCGUGGAACAUCGAUAGAUAGCGAGGUAGAAGCUAUCCGCCUGCGAGAUUUGAAAUCGACUUUGUUGCGUGGGUCACUGACGGGUUAUCUUCUCGUCCGACCCUACCCCUCCCUCCGCGUCCUCUUCACUUCUCCAUCCCUCCAAAUCCCUGGCAUGCUACAGUCAUCAUUCCUUUCUCGUAUCGGAAGCUCUUCCGCCGUGAAGGAGGAGCUAAUGGCGGCGAUGCAGCAUGGUCACAGUGUCACAGCUCGGAUUAAAUGGGUCACCCGAUUCAACAACGAAGGCCGCGAUCGCUGGGUCCACUGCACGCCGCUAUACGCUAAUAACGGAGAAGUUGGCGUGUGGAUGAUUGUCAUUGUCGAUGAAGACGAAGAGCAGGUCAUCAAUUGGCGGAACUAG